UGCCAAAGCUACUUCCGUCCCUACACAAAGAUGGCCGCCAGUAAAACCAGGAACCUUUAGCAAGACCACCGUCCAUCCCCGGAUAUAUAACAGAUUGUGCAAAACCUGUCAUUUUGCUGGCGUUGUUAACUUUCACUGUAGACACAAGCAGCGUUAACGGUUUUACUUAAAGAUUCAAAGAUGGAGACAUCAGUGGACCAAACACAGCCUUUAAAUGAGAAGCAAGUAACCAAUUCAGAAGGGUGUUAUGUGUUCCAGGUAUCAGAUAUGAACAGGUUAAGGCGUUUUUUGUGCUUUGGUUCAGAGGGUGGAACUUAUUAUAUUGAGGAGAAAAAACUAGGCCUUGAAAAUGCAGAUGCUAUACUUCGACUUAUUGAAGACGGCAAAGGCUGUGAAGUCGUUCAAGAGAUCAAGUCAUUCAGCCAAGAAGGAAGAGCAGCCAAGCAGGAACCUACACUUUUUGCUUUGGCUAUAUGUUCCCAGUGUUCUGAUCCAAAGACUAAACAGGCAGCUUUUAGGGCUGUAUUAGAAGUCUGUCGUAUCCCCACCCACCUUUUUAUAUUCAUUAAAUUCAAAAAAGCCCUUAAGGAUGGCAUGAAAUGUGGCAUAUGGGGACGUGCUCUUAGAAAAGCUGUCUCUGAUUGGUACAACACAAAGGAUGGUCUUGCUUUGGCAAUGGCGGUUACCAAAUACAAGCAACGAAAUGGUUGGUCCCACAAAGACCUUUUAAGAUUGUCACAUACAAAACCAGUCGGUGAAGUUGUUACUUUGGUGACCAAAUACAUAUCCAAAGGUUGGAAGGAAGUUGAGGAAGCCUACAAAGAAAAGGAAUUAUCCCCUGAGGUGGAGAAGGUCUUACAGUACCUAGAGGCUAUUGAAAGAGUGAAGCGCACGAAUGAUGAUUUGGAGGUCGUUCAUUUAAUUGAAGAACACUGUUUAGUCAGAGAACACCUCUUAACCUGCCAUUUGAACUCCAAAGAGAUAUGGAAGGCACUUCUCCAGGAGAUGCCGGUUACAGCAAUGUUGCGAAAUCUAGGAAAGAUGACGGCUAAUUCUGUUCUUGCACCAGGAAGUUCAGAAGUUCAAAUGGUCUGUGAACGGUUGAAUAAUGAAAAAUUGUUGAAGAAGGCUCGUAUUCAUCCUUUUCACAUUUUAGUUGCACUGGAGACUUACAGAAAAGGCCGUGGAAUCAAAGGAAAGCUCAAGUGGUCUCCUGACAGUGCUAUUCUUGAAGCUCUUGACAAUUCCUUCUACAAAACGUUUAAGAUUGUGGAACCAGUAGGAAAAACAUUUGUUUUGGCUAUUGAUGUGAGUGGUUCCAUGGACCAGCAAGUUUUGGGAAGUAUCCUCAACGCUAGCACUGUGGCUGCAGCAAUGUGUAUGCUUGUUGCACGUACUGAGAAGAGAUCGCAUAUGAUUGCUUUUUCUGAUGAUAUCAUUGCUUGUCCAGUGACUGCUGACAUGAGCUUAGCAGAAGUAUUAGAAAAGAUGGCAGAUAUACCUAUGGGUGCGACUGAUUGCGCCCUUCCAAUGCUUUGGGCUCUGGAGACCAAUACAGUGGCUGAUGUCUUCAUAGUUUUCACUGACUGUGAGACUAGUGUUGAGAGUGUUCACCCAGCAACUGCCUUGAGACAGUACAGAGAGAAAAUGGGCAUCCCUGCAAAACUGAUUGUCUGCGGAUUGACUUCCAAUGGAUUUACAAUUGCUGAUCCAGAUGACAGAGGGAUGCUAGAUAUGUGUGGUUUUGACACUGCAGCCUUGGAUGUGAUCCGUAAUUUUCUACUUGACUUAAUUUAAUAGACCAAAGAAGACAAAAAGAAAAAUAUGCACUAGCCUUUCUUGUGUAGCAGGGUCAGUCAAUCUCAAGUUGUCUUUUGUUUUUUGUGUUUGAUUACCUCUAUGUAUUUGCAUUGCAAAACCUCCAGUUUUGUCUUUUACUCUAACUUGUUUAACAAUGGCAGCCUGUUGGCCAGCCAAUUGAACCAACUAGUGGAUUUGCAAUACCAAUACAUAGAGGUAAUUUAAAAAAAAAAAGGAAAAUUAAAAAUGGUCAAGUAACUUAUGCUGAAUUACUUGAGAUGGAUUAACCCAGCAGUACUAGUUCAAAUGAAAUCUAAGACCUGUAAAUUAAAGUAACUGCUUUUAUACUUCCUAAGCAUACUUUAGUUGUUCACAUAUUUUCAUUGAAAUUUACCAAGCUUCUUUUUUUUUUUUUUAUGUGGUAGAAUUGGCGCAUUCUCUUAACUUUUUACAACUGCUUCAUAUUUUUUUUUUUUUUUGCACCAUUCCUCAGUAUCAAAGAAUUUAUGCACAUAAUUUGUUGCAAUUUUUUUUAAAUCACACUGGUGUGUUUAUAAAAGAAUGGUUGCAAGGUGAAGGACUUUACACUCCUUUAAGUAGUGAAGGUAAAUUUAAUUAGACAAGCAUGGUAGAGGACUUUUGAAAAUACCCUGAAAAAUUGCAUAACCUGAAGGAAUGAGGUACAUGUGAGCUAAAUGUCAUUUAGCUGUCACAGACCUAGAUGUUAGCAAAUAUAAAAAAAGUUUUCA